CUCAACGAGCACGGUUUCAUGACGGAAGAUUAGUUUUAUUUUAAGAAUUGAAAAUAAAUUCUACCAUCAUCAUCAGCCUCAAGAAACUGUGAAGUUUUUUAAGAUAUCAAUUCCCAUUUGGGUCACGUCUUAUCACAAAAAAAUAAUAUUCUAUGUAGAUAUAUAAUUUCUUUCUUAAAUAUUCUAUCCACGUCUUAGUUUUUGUGUUUUAUAAAUAUAAAAUUCGGCGCAAGAUAUCAAUUUCAAUAAUUUAACUAUUUCUAAAACCGUAUAAAGCUAAUUUGGCAGAACAUUCGUGUAGCAUAUACGCGCGAACCACGGGAUCAGUUGGAUCUGUGUUGUGGAUGGUAACAUAAAGCCUUUCCUUAGAAGUAAUUUGUUAAGUUCGUUCUUUUCUUCUGGUGUUAUUUAUGUUUCACUUAUUUUAUUUUUUAUCAAAUUUAAAAAAAGAACAACUGAGCCGGAAACGCGUAUGUGAUGAGAUUAUUUGAAUACAAAAAAAUGAAUGCAGUUUUUGAAUAAGAUAUUUUUAUAAAAUCGAGUUUUGAAAUUAAGAAUCAAAAAAAAAUCUAACCAUGAGGAAUUUUUCUGUGUUUCUGGUGUUGAUAUUAAUUGCCUCAUUUUUCGACGGUUUCUCUGCUGUAAGUGAUUGUCCUGAUCGAUGUUCUUGUUUUCAAAGAACUGUGAGAUGUGUUCGUAUGCAGCUUCGAGAAAUUCCAAGAAUUCCAUCGGAUACUGCCAUCAUAGAUCUUCGAUAUAAUAGCUUGCAGUCUAUACCAUCUAAUGCUUUUGCUGGCCUAAAUCAAGUUCAUACAAUUUUCUUAAGUGAAAAUGAAAUUGGUUUUAUUAAAGAAGACUCUCUGACUGGAUUGAUUGCCCUUAAAUAUUUGUAUCUUAAUAAUAACCGGAUCAGUCAAAUUGCACCAGGAUCAUUUAAGGGACUGGACUUUUUGGAAGGACUAUUUUUGGAAAACAAUGAUAUUUGGCAACUUGAACCAUCAACAUUUGAUGAUCUAUCGAGAGUUAACAGAUUGUUCCUUUUUGGCAACAAGUUGACAAGUCUUCCAGUUGGAAUAUUCGAUAAUUUGGUCAGCUUAAAACGCUUGAGAUUGGACAAUAAUCCUAUAAAUUGUGAUUGUGGAGUUGGUUCAUUGGUAACAUUGAAAAAGAAUACUAGAGAAUAUUUGUCAAUAUCACUAACAUGCGAAGCUCCAAGCAAUCUUCAUCAAAAAUCAUUUAUAGCCCUGACAGAACAGGACUUUCACUGCACGAAACCUCAAAUGAUUGAAGAACCCCAUGACAUGCAAACAUAUUUCGGACAAACAGUCGAACUUCCCUGCACAGUGAUUGGUGAUCCCGAACCAGAAGUCGUAUGGAUGCAUAACACAAACGAAAUCUCCGACGACUAUUCACCAAGAAUGCAAAUUCUAGACUCAGGAAAUCUACAAAUAAGAUCCGUUGACAACAAUGAUGUUGGUAUCUAUGAAUGCAUUGGUCGGAAUGAUAUUGGCGAAACCAAAUCUCAGCCAAUUAGAAUGAUUGUCAAUACCAAUGAAGUUCUUCGUCAAGAACCACCUCAAUUUGUCCAUCAGCCAAAAGAUACAAUUGUUGGUAUCGAUGAUUUUACCGUUCUAGAUUGUACAGCUUCUGGUUUCCCAGUUCCAGAAAUACAAUGGUAUUUUAAUGGCCGUCAAGUGUCUCAGUCAACACAAACAACAAGAGUUCUUUCAAAUGGAAGCUUAGAAAUAUCUGAAGCUACUUUGAGAUCAUCAGGAACUUACAAAUGUAUAGCUAGUAACGCUUUUGGAAGUGUUCAAGCUAAGGUUAAAGUCGAAGUUAAGGAACUGCCUGUUUUCAUUUUGGCACCACAAAGUCAGACGGUCAAGUAUGGACAAAAUAUCGAACUCGAAUGUGAUGCUGAAGGACAUCCACUCCCAUCAAUAUCCUGGACAUUUAAUGAUCAAGCAAUAAUACCGAAUGAGCGAAUCACUUUGGAUAAUGAAAACACCGAAUUGAUUAUUAAGGAUGCUGAAAAUACUGACUCUGGCAUUUACACUUGCAUUGCGAUGAAUGAAAAUGGUGAAUCAAAAUCGAAAGCAACGAUUUCUGUAGAAAGUGAUCACAGUCCACCACGGAUUUUAUUUGCUCCAUAUGAUUUGGAAGCAUUUUCUGGAACAACUAUUGAGCUGCCAUGUAAGGGAGAUGAUGAUUCUGUGCAGAUCAAAUGGCAAAAAGAUGGACGCCUGAUAACAGAAAAUGAACGCUUCCAAAUAAGCCUUUCCGGAAGUUUAUAUGUUAAAAAUGCCACACUUGCUGAUACGGGGCGUUACGAAUGUUCGAUUAAGAACGAACACGGUCGAGCAACUGCAUCGGGUUUUGUUACAAUCAAAAGCAACGAUGCUCUUGCUCCUGGUGAUAGAUUUGUUCGAGUAGCUUUUGCAGAAGCUGCCCGAGAAAUUGAUUUAUCAAUCAAUAAUACUAUUGAGUCUUUAUUUUCGGAUCGAAAACCAAGUAAUCCACUGCAUCAUGGUGAUCUAUUGAGACUAUUCCGUUUUCCAAAAGGCGAAGCACGACAACUUGCUCGUGCAGCUGAAAUUUAUGAAAGAACUUUGGUAAACAUUCGAAAACAUGUUCAGGAGGGUCACAAUCUUUCGAUUAGCAGUAGCCAAUAUGAAUUCAAAGAUCUUCUAUCUCGAGAACAUUUACGUCUUGUUGCCGAACUUUCUGGUUGCAUGGAACAUCGUGAAAUGCCAAAUUGUACAGAUAUGUGUUAUCAUUCCAAGUACCGAAGUGUCGAUGGUACAUGUAACAAUCUUAACAAUCCAACUUGGGGUGCAUCGCUAACUGCUUUUCGGCGCAUAGAAAAACCAAUUUACGAAAAUGGUUUCAGUAUGCCUAUUGGAUGGAUGAAGGGUAAACUGUAUGCAGGUUUUGAGAAGCCCAGUGCACGAUUAGUCUCCACAACUUUGAUCUCUACAAAAGAGAUUACUCCAGAUGAACAUAUAACUCACAUGGUUAUGCAAUGGGGUCAAUUUGUGGAUCAUGACUUGGACCAUGCUAUUCCUUCGGUAAGUUCGGAGAGUUGGGAUGGUAUUGACUGUAAGAAAACUUGUGAAUUUGCACCUCCAUGCUAUCCCAUGGAAGUUCCACCAGAUGAUCCACGUGUUAAGAAUAGGAGAUGUAUAGAUUUGAUUCGAUCCAGUGCCAUUUGUGGCUCAGGAAUGACUUCGGUAUUCUUUGAUGCUGUUCAGCCAAGAGAACAAAUUAACCAAUUGACCUCAUACAUUGAUGCUUCCCAAGUAUACGGUUUUACCCAGGAGUUUUCCCAUGAACUUAGGAAUCUUACCACCGACGAAGGUUUGCUCCGAACUGGUGUCCAUUUCCCCCACCAGAAGGAUAUGUUACCAUUUGCAGCUCCACAAGAUGGAAUCGAUUGUCGCAGGAACUUAAACGAUAAUAAUAUGAAUUGUUUUGUAGCCGGAGAUAUUAGAGCCAAUGAACAGGUGGGUCUAUUAGCCAUGCACACCAUUUGGAUGAGAGAACAUAACAGAAUAGCCUUGAAACUUAAGGAGAUAAACCCUCAUUGGGAUGGUGAUACUCUAUACCAAGAAGCUAGAAAAAUUGUUGGAGCUCAGAUGCAACACAUAACUUUUAAUCAAUGGCUUCCUAUCGUAGUGGGUCCAAGUGGAAUGGAAAAACUGGGUGAAUACAAAGGUUAUAACCCAUCGAUCAAUCCAUCAAUUGCCAACGAAUUUGCCACUGCAGCAUUUCGAUUUGGUCAUACUCUCAUCAAUCCAAUACUUCACCGAGUCAACGAAACUUAUCAGCCCAUUCCGCAAGGACAUCUUCCAUUACAUAAAGCAUUUUUCGCCCCUUGGAGAAUAGCUUAUGAAGGUGGUGUGGAUCCUUUGUUGCGUGGUAUGUUUACAACUGCUGCCAAGUUAAAGAAACCCGAUCAAAAUUUAAAUACUGAGUUGACCGAGAAGUUGUUCCUUACCCAACAUGCUGUUGCUCUUGACUUGGCAGCCAUGAAUGUUCAACGAGGACGAGAUCAUGGUAUUCCCGGAUACAACAUGUAUCGAAAAUUCUGCAAUUUGACUGUAGCAAUGACUUUCGAUGACCUUGCCAAAGAAAUCAGUGAUACAGAAGUAAGAAGAAAGAUGGAAAAACUCUACGGUCAUCCUGAUAACAUCGAUAUAUUUGUUGGAGGAAUACUUGAAGAUCCUGUUGAGGGUGGAAAAAUUGGACCACUCUUCCAAUGUUUGAUAGUUGAUCAAUUUCGAAGACUCCGAGAUGGAGAUCGAUUUUUCUAUGAAAAUCCUUCAGUUUUUCUACCUGAACAACUUCAGCAGAUUAAACAAGCUAAUUUGGCACGUGUUCUUUGUGACAAUGGUGACAAUAUCAAUGAAAUAACUGAAAAUGUAUUCUAUCUUCCAAAGGAACAAGGAGGUUUUAAGAGCUGUCUUGAUAUUCAUGGUAUAAAUUUAUACUUUUGGCAAGAUUGUGGAAGUUGUGAUGCACUUCCUCCAUUACUGAAAAGUUAUGUGCCAGAGACAUACCCGAAACGACAUAAGAGAUCUUUAUCAGAUAAUAUGGUGAUCAGGGAUGACAUCAACGAAGAUCAUUGGGAUAUGAAUUAUGAGAGAAUUGUGGGUUUGGAAGGAAUCAUUAGCAGUUUUCAAGAUGAAUUGAAUUAUCUUCAAAAUAAGAUUGAAAAUAUUGAAAAGACUUGUAAUUCAGCGUUGAAGAAUGAAGUUAUUAAAACGAAUAAGAAACCAUUUUGUAUUGAUGAGUCUGGAAAAGUUCGUUUGAAUAAUGAAUCAUGGGAUCAGGAUGAAUGUACCAGUUGCAAGUGCAAGCGUUCUCAAGUGACUUGUAUUCAAAAGAAUUGCACGCCAUGAAUAUUUGAAGUAAGUUGACGAAAUUAAAUUAAGAAAAUGAUGGAAGAAUAUAUGUAGUCAAGUUAACAAAAAUUAUUUUGUAUCAAUAAACAUAAAU